GAACAUAUGGGCUAGAAAUUUGUAGAAUUAAUUGUGUAAGUUUUGUUCGGGGAGCAAAUUUGCCCUGCACUUAUUUUGGCGCGAGUCUGGAUGGCCUACGUGUGGGUUGCCACGGUUCUUAAAAAAUCCCAAUAUCCUGUUGUGAACGUUUCCUUAUCGUUUUAACAUCCCUGUUACAUUAGGUUGUGUUUCUACCAAUAUUCAUAUAAUACUUAGUAACUUUGAUGGAAAUGUGAUGUGAAAAUGAUGUAGUUUCCUGGUAACCGAAAAUGACAACGUCAAAAAACGAUUAUGACGACAUUAAUUGCCCCCUUCCUCAUUUUCCAUUAUUUGUCAUCCACUUGGGCAUCGUUUUUGUAGAUUUCCCGCAAAUUGAGGACUACCGCAAAUAAGUCUGUAUAUAACCCAAGGCCAAGGGUAUAAAUGCGUCCAGAGUCCUUUUACAGGAGUUAUUUUGUAGGCUGUCACAGUGUCAAGCUCUGUGGUCAGUAGCCUGAAAAUAUUCGACCAGGUUGCCUGGAAAAUUACAUUGUACUGUCCAGCGCAUGCUGAUUCAUUCACUGGAACAAACCACUCUGUGUUGAGGGGGUUUUAGACGUACAGCUUUGCAUUUUAAAGGCUCACAUUUCACCAGCAUGCCUAUUGGACCAGCAUCAUGCCCUCAGCUGGCCAACUGCCCGACCGUGAUCGUGAUGGUGGGCCUGCCUGCCAGAGGCAAGACCUAUAUGUCCAAGAAGCUCACCCGCUAUCUCAACUGGAUUGGGGUUAAGUGCAGAGUGUUCAAUGUUGGAGAGUAUCGACGAAGUGCCGUAAAAGAGUACAAGAAGUUUGACUUCUUCGACCCUGAAAACAAGGAGGCCAUGAAGAUUAGAAAACAAUGUGCCUUGGAUGCCCUCGCUGACAUGUCGUUGUGGCUAGAAGGGGAGGGCGAAGUCGCCGUGUUUGAUGCGACCAACACCACAAGAGAGAGACGCCAGCUGGUGUUGGACUACUGUCAGCAGGAGAAGAACUUCAAGGUUUUCUUUAUCGAGUCAAUGUGUGAUGAUCCAGAAGUGGUUGCUGAAAAUGUGAAGGGGCAUGAGGAGUUGGGGGAGAUAUCAGAGGGACACGGUGCCGCUGCGCCCUUCAGGCGUGAAGUCGGCGAAGUGAAGGUGAACAGUCCUGACUACAGGAACAUGAACAAAGACGAGGCUAUGAGAGACUUUCUGGAGAGAAUCCGCAUGUACCAGAAAAGCUAUGAGCCACUGGACACACAACACGACAAAGAGAAGUCCUUCAUCCAGGUGCACAACGUUGGUCAGCGGUUCCUGGUGAACCAGAUCCAGGACCAUGUGCAGAGCAAGAUCUGUUAUUAUCUGAUGAACAUCCACGUUCUCCCCAGGAGCAUCUACCUGACACGGCAUGGUGAGAGUGAGCUGAACAUCAAGGGCCGUAUCGGUGGGGACUCCUCCCUCUCCUUCCAUGGGCGACAGUUCGCCAACGCGCUGGCCAAGUUCAUGGAGGAACAGGACGUCAACAACCUGAAGGUGUGGACCAGUCAGCUCAAGCGUACCAUUGAGACUGCGGGCGGGUUUCACGCACCCAUCGAACAGUGGAAGGCUCUCAACGAGAUCGAUGCGGGUGUGUGUGAGGAAAUGACUUAUGAAGAGAUCCAGGAGAAAUACCCAGAGGAGUUCGCAAUGAGGGAUCAGGACAAGUACCACUACCGGUACCCUCGAGGGGAGUCGUACCAAGACCUGGUGGCUCGCCUGGAACCAGUGAUUAUGGAGCUGGAGAGACAAACCAACGUGCUGGUCAUCUGUCACCAGGCUGUCAUGAGAUGUCUGCUGGCGUACUUCCUGGAUAAAAACUCAGAUGAUCUUCCCUAUCUGAAAGUGCCCCUGCACACUGUCAUGAAGCUGACUCCCAUGGCUUAUGGUUGUAAGGUGGAGUCCUUUUACCUGAACAUCGAAGCCGUCAACACGCACCGAGAGAGACCAAAGGCUGAGUCGAUGAGCGCACCCAUCGCUGAGUUGGCCGCUGUCAAACUGUCAGUAGAGUUCUCUGCCUCAGGGAACACUGACCCACUGAGAAAGAGCGAAGAUGCACUGGAGACUGUACCAGACCACUACUAAAGGGAGACACACUACGACACACUUCGGCAAAAACGGGAGUCAACUCGCAAGUUGAGAUCAGAAGUAAUGUGGACUCAACCUCGGCAAUUACAGACUGGUCUAUAUUG